AUGAAGUACGCCGUCAUCGCCGCCAUGGGCAUCGCAGGCUCCGCCAUCGCCGCACCCGUCCAGCCACAAGGCGAGCAAGGCCAAGGUAACGGCCAGGAUAACGGUCAGGGCGGUCCAGGCUAUGGAAACCCCGAUCCUACCAGCACUGUGCCUGCUUGGGAAACCACUACACCUGCCUGGGAGACUACUACGCCUGCGUGGGAAACCCCGACGGGCACCCCUAGCUGGCCCACUUCUAUGCCAUGGGGAACCCCCGGACCCUCUGGCUAUCCUGGCGGCGGCGGUGGUGGCUGGCCUACUGGAUGGCCGACUGGAUGGCCGGGAUGGCCUACUCCGGGCUGGCCUACUCCUGGCUGGCCUAGGCCUACUUCCUCUGUCUCUAUCCCGCCGGCCGCGACGUCCAACCCGGCCCUUCCCAUCUGUCCUGAUGUAAAUCGCCUCCCGAAUGCGGAUCUGGCGCCCAUCGAGUGCAUCAAUCUGCCGAACGAGCCGGAAGCCAACCCGGGUGGUCCCAUUGAGCCUUUGGAUGGAAACACUGGCCCGAAGCGCCGCUCAAUCCUUGACUGGUUCAAGGGUAACAAUGAGGACAACGAGGACAACAAGGAUAACUAA